AUCCUCUCUUUCCUAGAAAAAGCUCACCAAUUCAAAAGCCAUUUUGAUCAUUGCAUUUUCCAUAUGGAAAAGCUCAUUUUCAACUGUUUCAUUGGAUGCUGUCUUCUUUAUUCUCUCUUGCCUGUGCAUGGCAAACCAUUGUCAUGCAAUGAAACACCCUACCCCCAUGUGUGCAAACAUUACGUUGUCACUACCAACACACUAUCAACCCUAGAUGCUCCGUCCUCUUCCUUCCACGACGUGGCCCUUAAGGUCACCGUGGAUCAAGCCAUGGAGCUUUAUAAACUUGUCUCAAACAUGGACCUAAAUAAUUUCAAGGAUGAACGAGCCAAAUCGGCUUGGGAAGAUUGUUUGGAGCUCUAUGAGGACACACUUUAUCAACUCAAACGCUCAGCGAACUCGAACAAUCUAAAUGACAGGUUGACUUGGCAAAGUGCAUCCAUUGCCAAUCACCAAACAUGCCAAAACGGUUUCACCGAACUCAACGUUCCCUCUCACCUAAACUACUUCCCCAACAUGUUAAGCAAUUUCUCCAAACUGCUUAGCAAUUCCUUGUCCCUUAGCAAGGCAAUGACUUUGACAUCAUUGUCAUCGACUAAACAAAAUGGUGGGCGAAAGCUGCUUUCAGACGGCUUCCCCUCUUGGAUCUCUCAUUCAGACAGAAGGCUUCUUCAGGAAACAACAUCAAAAGCUGAUGUUGUGGUGGCACAGGAUGGCAGUGGGAACUAUAAAACCAUCUCAGAGGGUGUGGCUGCAGCUUCUAAGCUCAGUGGGAAAGGGCGUGUUGUGGUGCACGUCAAAGCUGGUGUUUACAAAGAGAAUAUUGAUAUCUCCAGAACUGUGAAAAACUUGAUGAUCAUCGGAGAUGGCAUGGGUGCUACUAUUGUUACUGGUAGUAGAAACGCGCAAGAUGGUUCCACUACUUUUCGUUCUGCUACUUUUGCGGUUUCCGGAGACGGCUUCAUUGCUCGGGACAUCACCUUCGAAAACACCGCCGGACCGCAAAAGCACCAAGCGGUGGCUCUCCGUUCCGGAUCCGACCACUCGGUGUUUUAUCGGUGCAGCUUUAAGGGGUACCAAGACACCUUAUACGUGUACGCCAACCGCCAAUUCUACCGUGACUGUGACGUAUACGGAACCGUAGACUUCAUUUUCGGGGACGCCGUGUCGGUGCUUCAAAACUGCAACAUCUACGUGAGGAGGCCGAUGGGCAACCAGCAGAACACGGUUACAGCACAAGGAAGAACCGACCCUAACGAGAACACAGGCAUCAUCAUCCAUAAUUGUCAAAUCACUGCAGCUGGAGACCUGAAAGCGGUGCAGGGCUCUUUCAGAACUUAUCUGGGUCGCCCCUGGCAAAAGUACUCAAGGACUGUGAUCAUGAAGAGUGCCCUUGAUGGCUUGAUUAACCCCGCAGGUUGGUCUGAGUGGAGCGGAAACUUUGCACUGAGCACUCUAUAUUACGGUGAACAUGCGAACACAGGAGCAGGUGCCGGCACCGGAGGGAGGGUGAAUUGGGGAGGGUUUCGUGUGCUCUCCAGCGCUGAGGCUGUGAAGUUCACCGUCGGAGAAUUCUUGGCCGGUGGCUCGUGGAUUCCUGGGAGUGGCGUGCCCUUUGACGCAGGUUUAUGAAAAAGGAAAACUGAAACGAUGUGUUUUGUUGUGUUGUCUUGUGUUGUGCUGUGUUGUGUGGUCAGUGUGGUGGGUGGAGUGGGGAGGACU